UCUAUACUAGAGUUUCUUGACACUAAUUCUGAUGAUGAACCAAUGAAGGAUUUGCUAAAAAAGGUCAAAGAUGUAGCACAUAAAGUAGAAGAUGAAGUUGAAUCACACAUUCAAAGAGAGGCUCAGAAGAAGCUUCUUAAGAUGUUGCAACGAGUCUUCCACCUUCCAACAAAGGCACAUGAGAGGCUUCUUAAGAUCUUGCAGCGAGCUAUAAAAGACAUUGACUCUGUGAACAAAGAGCUAAUGAAGCUGAGGGAGAAUAAUAUGCGACCUGGAAAUUGUUCACUUGGCGCUUCUACUUCAUCACAAUCACAUGCUUCAACCCUCGAGAACGAAAUGGUGGGGUACAACAUUGAACAAGAGCUCAUACUGGGUCAACUUAGGGGACACUCAUCUCAACUGGAAGUCAUCUCUAUUUUUGGUAUGGGCGGCAUUGGUAAGUCAACUUUUGCCAAAAGAAUAUUUUCUGAUCCCUCAAUUGUGAGCUUCUUUGAUGUUCGUGGAUGGAUUGUUGUGUCCAAGGACUACAAUAUAAGAAAGAUGCUUCUAUCCCUCCUUAAAGAUGUUGGGAUGAAUGAAGAGGCUGAUUCGAAAAGCGAUGGAGAACUAUCAAAUUGCUUGCAGAAGAGCGAUGGAGAAUUAGAAGAUGGCUUGCAGAAAAUUGAUGAUGCACUUGCAGAUCGCUUGCAAAAGAGUUUGAAGGGUAGGAGGUAUUUGAUUGUUGUGGAUGAUAUAUGGAGCACGGAAGCCUGGGAUGAGAUUAAACUAUGGUUUCCAGAUAAUAGUAACAGAAGUCGUAUACUGUUGACUACUAGAGACAUGAAUGUUGCUCAAUAUGCUAGCUUUCCUAACGAUCCUUUUCCAAUGCGUCUCCUGAAGCCAAAGGAAAGUUGGCAUUUGUUUUGCCAAAAGGCAUUUGGCAAAAAAGGUUGUCCAACUGAAGUUGAGAAUGUUGCAAGGGUAAUCGUAGAAAAUUGCCAAGGAUUACCACUAAUAAUUUCUGUGGUUGCAGGGACUCUCUCUAGCAAGAAGACACUGGACACGUGGAGGGAAGUAGCUCAAAAUGUUAGCUCUUUAGUAAACCUUGAUGAUUAUGAGCGUUGCUCAGGAGUGCUCGCUUCGAGCUACAGUUAUCUUCCUUCACAUUUGAAAGCUUGCUUUCUAUAUUUCGGAGCUUUCCCAAAAGCAAAUGAAAUUUCUGUGAAAAAGUUGAUUAGAUUAUGGGUUGCUGAAGGGCUCUUAGAGCUAAAGGGGCUCAAGGAGCUGGAGAAAUUGGGUUCUAGUCUUUUACAUGAUCUUAUCGAUAAGAGUCUAGUUGUUGUUAGCAAGCGAAGUUUGGAUGGCAAAACCAAGACAUGCAGGAUUCAUGAUCUUCUCCAUGAUUUAUGCUUGAGAGAAGCUGAAAAGGAGAAUCUCUUAUAUGUUGUUAAUCCCCCAAUUUCAAAAGGACACCGAACAGUUUUCCCUAAAGGUCGUCGGUGGCUGUCACUUCAUUCAAUGCGAGGUUUUUCUUCUUCCUUUCGUUUUGAUAAUCUUACUCAUAGCAAAACGCGUUCUCUUCAUAUUUCUAUCACCAUAAGCAUAGAUUAUCUUGCAUUAAGACUAAACCAUUUCAAACUUCUUAGAGUAUUGGACUUGGAAAAAGUGGGCUUCGACCAUUUACCUAGAGAAAUAGUACACCUAGUUUCUUUAAGGUAUUUGGCUAUGAUAAUUCGUACGAUUCCUAAAGAUCUACCAAUUUCUAAACUUUGGAAUUUACAGACCUUUGUUUUCCCUCAGUAUUUUCCAAAUACUAUAUAUUUAUCAAAUGAAAUUUGGGAAAUGUCUCAAUUGAGGCAUCUCCACUCCUCGAAGAUAUAUUUGAGUUCUCCUCCAAAGGUAUCAGCUAAUGAAGUUAAGUAUCGUGUUUUGGAAAACUUGCAAAGUGUUUAUGGGUUGAGUUCUUCUUGUUGCACAAAAGAAAUAUUUGAAGGGAUUAAGAAAGUGAAAAAAUUGGGGAUUUUUGACAAAAACGAUGAAUAUGAUGGUAAGUCCAGAUGCCUAGAUAAUCUAAUAUAUUUACAUGAGCUCGAGGAGCUAAGUAUUAAAUCUUACAUGUCUAGUUUCGUAAGGCUUCCACGUCUGGAUUCUUUCCCGCCAAAUCUCAAAAAGCUGACACUUAACGGCACUGGAUUGAUGUGGAAGGACAUGACAACCAUUAGCAUGUUGCCCAAACUCAACGUGCUCCAAUUGAAGAACGGAGCCUUUCGUUUAACAACAGCAUGGGAAGUAACAGAGAUGGGAUUUCCUGAACUAAAAUUCUUGCUCCUUGAGGAGUUGAAUCUUGUUUACUGGAUAGCCGCUGAAGAUUAUUUCCCAUGCCUUGAGCGCGUAAUUAUCAGAAAUUGCAGGUACUUAAGAGAGAUUCCUCGAGGAUUCACAGAUAGUGUGACACUGCAGCAAAUUGAGUUGCAUGGAUGUAUUCCUUCCCUUGUGACUUUUGCUGAGCAGAUCCAGAAAGAGCAAUUAGAGAGUUCGGGAAGCGACAUGCUUAAAGUUUAUGCCUUUGACAGAAUUAGAGGUCACGGGUUCAAACCGUAGAAGCAGGGCAGAUUCACCCUUAUGGGUGGGGGUGGUAUGGCACGCGCUCGGUUGGUAAAAUUAUCUUAUAUUUAUGUAAAAAAAAAAAAAAUUAAACUAGGUUAAAUAUAUGAUUCUGCCACCCCCAUUCACAAACUAGACAAAGGUUUCAUGACUAAUAGACCUUUUUGAAAGUUUUUCUCGUGUGUAAACUUCAAGUUCAAAUUUAUCUUGAACCAUGUCUGACUUUCCUUU